AGAAUCGACGUUUCACGUUGCGUAUCCGGAACGUUUGGAGGGGAAGACUUUAAUUGGAGGACACCUUGCAAACAUGGCAGACGUACCAGAAAAUGUUCCAGAGCACUGUCCGGGUACAACAAGUGAGCAAGCUGGCAAGUCUGCACCAUGCCAGGGCUGUCCCAACCAGGAACUCUGUGCCUCUGGAGCCACAAAAGCCCCUGACCCUGCUAUAGCAGAGAUAGGAGAGAAGCUGUCAACAGUCAAACACAAGAUCCUCGUGUUGUCUGGAAAAGGAGGUGUGGGGAAGAGCACCUUUAGCGCUCACUUGGCUCACGCUCUGGCAAGUGACACCACAAAGGAGAUUGCCCUGCUUGAUGUAGACAUCUGUGGUCCAUCCAUUCCAAGGAUCAUGGGUUUAGAGGGAGAGCAAGUUCACCAGAGUGGCUCUGGAUGGUCCCCUGUGUAUGUGGAGGACAACCUGGCAGUCAUGUCUAUUGGCUUCCUGCUAAGUAGUCCCGAUGAUGCUGUGAUCUGGAGAGGACCCAAGAAAAAUGGGAUCAUUAAGCAGUUUUUAAGGGAUGUGGACUGGGGGGAACUGGAUUACCUCAUCGUAGACACUCCACCCGGCACCUCUGACGAACACCUGUCCAUCGUCCAGUACCUAAGCGCCACCCAUGUUGAUGGAGCCAUCAUCAUCACCACACCACAGGAGGUGUCGUUGCAGGACGUGCGAAAGGAGAUCCGAUUCUGUCAGAAGGUUAAGAUGCCGAUCAUCGGGGUGGUGGAGAACAUGAGCGGCUUUGUCUGCCCUAAAUGCAAGAAUACGUCACAGAUCUUCCCUCCCUCAACCGGGGGAGCUGAGAAAAUGUGUGCAGACCUCAAACUACCCCUCCUAGGAAAGGUGCCUCUAGAUCCCAGGAUAGCACGGAGCUGUGACGAGGGCAGGUCUUUCCUGAGCGAGGUGCCCGACUCCCCCGCUGCGGAAGCCUACCAGAAAAUUGUGAAAACCGUCCAGGAUUACUGCUCCAACAGGGUAACAGAGGAGCAAAGCACAAUCUGACCACAUCAGAUGGCAUCCAUACAGGAGCAGAACACCGUGGCAGAUCACAUGACGGCAGACGGGCACCGAAUACGAGGCACACGAAGAGCACAAGAGCUCGUACAUAUCAGAAUCGCAGCAUUUCUGUUAGACAGUCAGAGAAAUCUUAUCAUUCUUUGUUUUCAGUGAUAGAUUUCAUGCAUUGAUCAGAUGCUGCCGUGCCAGAGCAGUAUUUCCUGAAGAACUACUGAGAGCAAAUGAAAUGAAUACAUAAUAAGAGUCUGUAGAAACUGAAAUUACUUCCCAUUUCAUAAAACAAAUAAAGUCAUCAUCCAAAUAA